UUUAAUUUAUUAUUAUUAUUAUUAAUUAUUAAAAAAAUUAAUUCGAAAAUUAUAACAAUUAUAAAAACGGCGGCUUGGCCUGCAAUUCGAAACCCGGGUCUCUCCUUUCCCGAAACCCUCGGCGAAAAAAGAAGCGCGAAAGUCUCGACUGGAUUUUCCUCCCAUUGCCGAGCCCUCCGAAAUCCUGAAAAAGAAGCAAGGAAGUCGCGACGCCAGCUUGCAGAAGAAGGCAUCGACGGGCACUUUUCCUGUUCGUAAUCCGCCGCUGCCAUACAGCAACUAGCCCUCCUUUGAUCGCCCCAAAAAUGGAGGCAAUCGCCGAACUAGCUCCGGUGAAUCAACCAUCGAGCGAUGCGGAAGAAACUGGCGAGCCAGGAUCUGAUGCUGGUGUGCUGACCCCUUCAUUUCCGACGGGGAGGGUGAAGAGGAUCAUUAAGAUGGACGAAGACAUCAAGAAAGUGAGCUCCGAGGCUCUGUUUUUGAUUUCCCUCUCAACCGAGCUCUUUAUAGAAUUCAUGGCCGAAAAAGCUGGGAAUGCUGCUGCCCGCAAGCGGCGGAAGACCGUCAAGCUUGAGGAUCUGCGAACUGCCAUCACCGGCCACUCCCCAACUGCUGACUUCCUCCUUGACUGCCUUCCUGAGACAUCAAAGCCACCGCCUAUUCUGGCUGGUAAAAAGAACGAAUCGGAGAAGCCGCUUCCUCCUGGUGCGCGCCGGAUCGAUGAAUUCUUCUCCAAGUCGGCGGAGAUAGUGCAGCAGAGCCGCUGAUUUCUGUAUUCGUCUUUGGUCCUCUUGUGGUUCAUAAGGUGCCUGCAAGUUUGAAACGAAAUGGAAGAGUCUUUCUCGGAAAACUUGUAGGAAAAAGAACAAGGAUUGCCCUUCCAGAAAUUUGCUCUUGCAGCACCGGGAAGCAGCUUUGAUCCAAGCAAAAUCAUCAUUUGAUUGCG